AUGCUGCAAUGGAUGGGAGGAUCGAGGCGGAAAGUGGCUGCUUCACACACGUCAGUGAAGAAGAGGCAAAAACAAUACUUUGAGCAGAGGAGACAGCAACAGCAUCAGCUCACAGUUGAGUCUGAGAGCUGUAGUAAUGAUAGAAACAACAGUCAUCAACAGUCAAGAGAACACCAGUCUUUGGAUAUUCUCAAUUUAUUGAACUUGUCAACCGUUACUCCUGAAUGCAAACCUUCUCGUUCAGAAGAUGGAAUGGAAGAUCUGGAUGCUGAUUUCUACAGUCUGAAGGACAACAUUUCGGGAGUAGGAAGUUCAUUAAACCAUAAAGCAGAAACUUCUUCCUCAAAGAGGAUUCCGUUUUGUUUACCUGAGAACCAGACAAAUGAUUCGAAAAAAGCAAACACCACAGCGGAUCUGAUGGAUGGCACAGAACGGAAGUUAUCUGUCUUUGAUUUGGUUGGUGAUGAUCAUACAACAACCAACCUGGAAGAAAGUUCUCCAUCCGAGGCUCACAUGGCAUUUUCAGUUGAAGGAUUAGGUAAAAUAAACACGGAGACUCCGCUUAAUUCUCCACAUCCAUCAGACAGAAAAUUUGCGUACCAGUGUUCAUCUCCAUGGAAUGAUUCUGGUCAACCAGAUACAUCAAACGCCAGGGAAAGGCACAACGACUUUGAGAAGGAAAUAGACACAAUAAUUGAAAGUAGCAAAUUGUUCCAAGAUGACAGUCAUUAUAGGUCUCCCGUUGGCAUACAAGCUAAAACUGGGGGCAGAAAGAAAAAACUGCACACUUUCACUGAUCACUUACAUAAACCAUAUAUUAGCGAGUCAAGAAGCUACUUCUGUGACGCUGUAGAUUUCAACAAAGGCAGGGUCGUUGAUGAAAACGAGUGGAACGCUAAGUCCGCCUUUCUUGAUGACGGUGAAGGCAGUUUUUACUGGAAGGAUCAACAGCCAUGCCAGGAAAAUGUAAACCUUAAUUUCAUGAAUUAUGGAAACGAUUAUACUACUGAGAGUCGGUCUUCUGCAGAACACCAUGGGACAAAGAAGAGGGAUUACCUGGAAACGACCUGGAGGCCCAACAUCGAAGAUUCACCAGUUCGAAGACCGCUUCGUUUUGAAAGGACCAUUGAUCAUCCAACUUUCACUAAGGCAGCCUAUUUCAAAUCCCCCGAUAACUUUGAUUUUGACAAUGUAAUUGACCAACCGGUUUGGUCAUCCAUUGUACCUGAUGAAGAUAAAGACAGCCUUAGCUUGCGCAGCGAAGAAUCUUGCUCGUCUAGUGCAGUUUGGGCCAAUGAAACCCCCGUUUCACAGUUUGAAACCAACCCAAAACAGAGGAAGAGGGAAAUUAGUUCAUUUCGCAACCUUGAAGACAAGAGCUAUCUGAAGAAUGACAUUUUCCAAGAAUCCUGGGAAGAUUGGGAUGUGGAUGAUCAACAUUUGAAUAGAAGAGUUGGGUCUGUAAAGCAGGUCAGACUAUCAAACUCAGGAAAGUUGAAAUGUACCAGUCAGAGAGAAUCCCCUUUUCGUGGUGGUCUCGACGCGCCUUACAAUUGGUUUGCAGAAGGAUUAACAGCUGCAGGCAUAAGCUCAGAUAUUACAACCGAGAGAGGCAAACCAUAUCCUUUCCUAAACCCCAAUGUUGGUAGUUCGCACUGGCGUCAAUCUCCUGCCCCUGAUUUUCCUAAGUUUUCAGUAGGAGGCACUGGAGAGGAUGAUGAUGAUGAUGGUGAACAAGGGAAUGUGAACUGUUUAUCAGCAAACCAUAAAUCUAAACUAGCAGGAGACAUCUGCAGUUUUGGGAGUGAAACAAUCUCAGAGAACGAUGAGCAAAGCAAAGAAGUGAAUCACCCAAAAAAUCAGGGAGAUGAGACCUCAUCAUCCGUUGCAAAGAGCCUGUCAGACGAAAAUGAGUAUGUACGAUGUAACCCCAACAAGGAGGUCAUGGAAGCUCGACAUCAAGGAAACAGAGAAUCAGGAGGAAAGACUAGUGGAGACUCGUUCCAACAAAUGAUAAUGCUGGAAAGACGCACGCUUCAACUUGUUUGUUUAAAUAAGACAUUGUUCCUUGACUCCUUAAAAACUUAG